ACAACCAAUCAAAAUAAUUUCAAAAAUAAAUAGGCUUAUCAAAAUAUAAAAAACCACCGGUUUACAGUUGGACCGGUCCAAGCACGAGUGACAUUCAAAAUCCCCCCGAUAUCGCGCGUUCUUAAUUCGGAAACAUCAAACAAUUCAAAUCAAAAGGUUUUCGUUCGCCGGCGUCGUUUCGAUGUUUCCCCUUCUUCUCCAAUCGCUCAUCAAAUUCUCUCCAAUCUUCAACAAUCCCUAAUCCCCAUCAUCAAAUUCUUCAAUUCCCCACACUUAAUUCCCCCAAUUCUCGUUCAAUCAAUAUACUAUUCUACAUUUCUGAAUUUUAGGGUUUGUGAAAAUGAACUCAGGUGACCUACACAAAGUUUGGGAAAUCAAAGCUCUUAAGAGGAAGCCAGGGACAGAACAAGCUCACAAGAUGUUGGAAAAAAUUGCGAAACAGGUUCAGCCUAUUAUGCACAAACACAAAUGGAGGGUCAAAGUUCUCUCUGAAUUCUACCCAAACAAUCCGGCUCUUUUGGGGUGUAAUGUUGGAGCUGGUAUAGAAGUUAAGUUGCGGCUACGGAGGCCAAACAGGGAUUCAGACUUUAUUCCAUUAGAUCAAGUUUUAGAUACGAUGCUUCAUGAGCUUUGCCAUAAUGCACAUGGUCCUCAUAAUGCUAACUUCUACAAGCUAUGGGAUGAACUUAGAAAGGAAUGUGAAGAGUUGUUGGCUAAGGGGAUAACUGGCUCUGGGGAGGGGUUUGACCUCCCAGGAAAGCGCUUGGGUGGUUAUUCUCGUCAACCUCCACUCUCAUCUCUACGUAAAACUGCACUUGCAGCUGCACAAAAGAGAUCACAAUUGGGUUCUCUUCUUCCAUCUGGACCUAAUCGUAUUGGCGGUGAUAGUUUCAUAAUGAAGGCACUUAGUCCUGGACAAGCUGCUGCAAUGGCAGCAGAAAGAAGAUUACAGGAUGAAUUAUGGUGUGGUUCUCAAUCUUGUGAUCCUUCAGACCAUGAAGAUGUUAACAACGACUCUUCUAAAAACCUUAUAAAUAAGCAGAAUAAUGUGGGAAGCUCGAGACCAACAGACAACUGUACUCUGGCUAUGGAUCCGACAUCUCGGAAAAGAAGUCACGACAAUGAUUCAAGUUUACCAGUUCAUUCAUCUAGUAACCCUAAAUUUGUUGAUUUGACAAUGGAUACACCAAAAAAGGGACGAGUCAAUGAACAUCAAAAUGGGUCUCAUCGAAGAAGUUUUGGAUUAGAUUCUCAAUCGAAUACUCAUGCAGGAUCUACGUCUGCAAAUUUAUCAAGUUCAUCCCAGUCACUAUCUGGUGAUAAUAGAACACUUCAUUUUGAAGAACCUGCAUUGUGGCAGUGUCUGACGUGCACUCUAUUAAAUAAAUCAUUAGCCCCUAUCUGUGAAUUGUGUGGCACGCAACAGCCGAAAGAUGUUACUACAAAGCACAACACUUGGUCUUGUAAAUUCUGUACGUUGGAAAACAGUGCAAAGUUGGAGAGAUGCUCAGCCUGUGACGAGUGGAGGUACUCUAAUGGCCCCAACCUUGACCCCUGACAGAACUAUGUAAUUUGCUUCAUGGGUAAAUAUAGUUCAAUUUUGGCUUUGGUCUGCCCAAAGUUGUGUAUAGCCAUCAAUUUUUUGCAUCCUUUGUUUUUUAUAUUCUAUACUAAUGUCAAAAUUUGACUUUGAUAUGCAAACUUCAGUAAUUCAUCGCCACCUUAUUUUGAA